CUUCGUGCUGAGGCAAACCGGAAGUGGUCGGAAACUGAAGGGAAAGCAUGAGCGUUCUGAGGCGGAGAAGGCCUGAGGCGGGAGAGGCGGCGAAGAAGCGGCUCAAGCGGGACGAGCGGGCCGAGUUCUCCGCCGCGCUGAGAGGGACGGCGCUGAAGGAGAAGGUGGCCGCGGCCUGGGCCCGGAAGGAGGCGCUGCGGGACGAGGCUGUUGUGCUGGACCCGGCCCCUUUCCCCCACUGCGUCAUCCCAAACUUCAUCCAAACGGAAGGCUUUUUGGAAGGCCUGCAGAAGGAACUUUUGAGCCUGGAUUUCCAUGAAAAGUGCAAUGACUUGUACAAAUUCAAACAAUCAGAUGACCUGAAGAAAAGAAGAGAGCCUCACAUUGCGGCUUUAAGAAGAGUCCUCUUUGAGGACUUCCGGGCUUGGUUGUCUGACGUGACCCAAGUGGAGCUGGAGCCUACUAUUGAUCUCUCCUGUGCAAAAUACCAAUAUACAGAUGCUCUUCUUUGCCAUGAUGAUGAGUUGGAAGGCCGGCGGAUUGCCUUCAUACUUUAUCUGGUCCCUCCGUGGAAGGACAGCGAUGGGGGAACCCUGGAUCUCUUCAGCACUGAUGAGCACUCCCAGCCUUUGCAGAUUGUCAAGUCAUUGGUCCCUUUGUGGAAUUCACUCGCAUUCUUUGAAGUCUCGCCGGUCUCUUUCCAUCAGGUAUCUGAAGUUGUUUCCAAAGAGAAAUGCCGUUUAUCGGUGAGCGGCUGGUUUCACGGCGACACAAUCACAAGGCCGCCCCGGCAUCUGGAGCCCCCGAUUCCACGGACCCCCCACAUCCCUCAUGAUCACGAAAUCUUGUACGACUGGAUCAAUCCCAUUUAUCUGGACGUUGAAGCCCAGGCCCGGAUCCAGGAGGAAUUUGAGGAUCGGUCAGAGAUCUUGCUGAAGAAUUUUCUCAAGAAAGACAAGUUUCAGUCGCUCUGUGAAGCUCUGAAGGAGGAAGUCAAGUGGAGUAUCCGAGGACCUCCCAACAAAAGGCAUUAUGCAAAAGCCGAAGAGGAGAGCCUGCCUGCCAUCUUGAAAGGCGGCAUGGAACUGUUCCGCUCCGAGGCCUUGUUCCUGCUUCUCUCCAACUUCACUGGUUUGAAGCUGCAUUUUCUGGCUCCAGAAGAAGAAGAGGAAGAAGGAAGAGCCGCAGGGGUGAGUUCUUCUGAAAGCACAGGACAGUGCAGUCAAGGAGAAAGCAGCAGCAUUGACAACACAGAAGACACUGGAGAGAUCCCUGAAAAUGGGAGUGCCGUGCAAGAGACCGGCUCCAGUGUCCCUUUGUAUGCAGGGGAGCUGAGGCACUGGACACAGGGCUGCUAUACUCUCGUCCACGACACAGAAGCAACAGAGUUCGCCCUAGAUUUGCUCUUCUUCUGUGGCUGUCAAGACUGGGAUGCGGAAUCUGGUGGUUUUACAUCAUACAUCGCAAAGGGUGAAGACGAAGAACUGCUGACAGUUAAUCCUGAAGACAACUGCUUGGCCUUGGUUUACAGAGAUCGAGAAACACUGAAAUUUGUGAAGUACAUAAACCACCAGAGUCUGAACCAGGAGACAACGCAGCCUGAAUACACAGGAUUCUGGGACUUCAGCUUUGUUUACUACGAAUAAUGACCGCAGUCAUAGGAGCCUGUUACCUAUCAGUGAGGAGGACCUUUGUUACAGACGAAGACUGUAUUGUGCCAUGUGCCUUGAUGAGAAGAUGCCCCACUGUGACCUUUGCGGGUCUCGUGUUUUAAUCCUGGUCUUGAAGUCUGAAGAGAGUAUUAACUACUAGGGCUGUGCAAAGGUUUGGAACUCCGUUUCGUAAUUCAAAGAUUUGGAUGAUUUGUUAAUACACAUCUUCAAAUUAAUAAUUGAACCAGGAUCCCUCCAAAGCAUAACGAAUCAAAAAACAAGUCUCCGAAACGUUUUGGAGAGAUUAGUAAAGAUUUAUUGUUUCCAAGA